AUGAAUAAUACUUUUGUAAUUCUCGAUGAUUUAUCAAGAAAUUAUACAGCAAUUGCAGCUUAUAUAACAUGUUUUAUUUCUGCAUUCAUAAAUGCAUUUGGUAUAUAUUUAGUGUUAACAGAAUCUAAACAAGAGAUGCCGCUUUAUAAAAAUUGUCUAGUAUUUUCAAUAAUUGCUUUGUAUAUAACAAAAACAUUUUAUGGAGUUUGUUUUUGCGCAUAUUCAUUACUCCCAUUUCCUGGAAUUAUUUCAUAUGGAAUACUUCGAAAUGUUUUACCAACUUGGGUUAUGGGUGGCAUUUGGGGUGUUUUAUUGACAUUUUAUUUACAAUCAGCUUUAGCGAUUUUAUUCGUUCGAUUAUUGAUUGUUGUAAGACAUGAGAGUUGGUUUCAUGUGAGUUAUAACACUAUUAAUACAUUUGAUUAUCAUUUUCAGUUCAAAAAAUCAACAAUAGUUUUUAUCGUUUUUACUUAUCAAAUAAUCCUUAUUUAUUUCAUGUGCUUUAUGGCUGUGAAACUCGAUUUCACAAAAGAAGAAAUGCAAAAUCUGAUAGCUGCAGUAAGUUUUUUUUUCAUAAAUAUGUUCCAAAAAGAAACAAAAAAAUCAAUUGUUUUUGUAGAAAUAUCCGAAAUACAUGCAUAUAACUGAAAUCUAUGGAGUUUUGAUUGUUUCUUACACGUCAAGUCAAGUAUUAUUUCUUGGAUCAGUUGUGGUUGUUGCAGUUAUUCUGAUUUCUACCCACUCUUUUGUUAGAUAUGCGAUUUAUUAUGAAAUCAAAAUGCAGGUUAACAAAAUGAGUAAUACUAAACGAAAAUAUCAUUUGAAAAUGGCGAAAGAUUUUGCAUUGCAAGUUUUAUGUAUUGCAACAGCAAUCGCUCUUUAUCCAAUGUGGACUAUUGUCACAAAUUUCUUACCCAAUGAUGUUGAUACAACUGGUAAAACUUUACUUGAUUUUAUUAUUGAUAAUGAUUUGAAUUUUUUGAAGUUUUCACAUCAAUAUUUCAUACAAUAUUUGUUGGUGCUUCAAUUCCUGGCACUCUUUUUAUGAUGAUAAAUAAUACAUCACAAUACGGAAGAAUCAAACGAAUUCUUCGAAUUCAAAAAACAAUGGAUUUAAAUGUGUCACAUAAUAUGAAAACAUCAGUUAUGACUAUAAUAUAAAUGUGGUUCUUGAUUACAAUUAUCAGAGUUUUCAGCUGUUAGUUUUUUUGAAAAAGAGUGGGACUGGGUUGAUUGAUGUAAUACUAUUCUGAUUUGAACAUAUAAUAGGUUGAGAUCAAAAUGAAAACUGCUAAGAAUUGUUCGCGGUUUUUUUAACAUCUGAAUUCCACUGCGUGAUAGUAAUUUACAGCGAUUUUCUCAAAAAUUAGUUUUUUACUCUAAAACGUUGGAUUUUUCGAUAAAUUCCAUUGCCGCUAAACUUGCAGUUUGAAUUCAGAUGUUAAAAAGUUCCGCGAACAAUUCUUAAUCGUUUUACAUAACAAUUUCAUUCAAAAAGAUGUGAUUUUGGUCGAAAAAACAAGACAAACAGUUGAACAGAAAAAAAAAGAAAAUAAAAAAAGGUGUGUGCAAACACGGCGACGCACAACUGCACACACAUGAUUUUCUAUUUUUUUUUCGUUCUCGCGGUUUCUUCCUUUCUGCUCGUGUUUCUUGAUUUACUCUUAUAUAAAUCUAUAAUUUUCAGUCGCGAAAGAUGCAACAACAAUCAAGGAUUCCCCCAAAGAUGUUGGAAUGCAGUGGGUGAGAAAGAGGUUAGCUUACAAAUACAGAAGCGAAAACAAAGUUAGUUUUUUGAUUACAGGAUUUGAAGAUGGAGGACAAUGCAAAAUGA